AUGCGAACGCAGAGCAUAUAUGAACGUUCGGUAAAAUUCAUGUUGAAGAAACCUGUAUUAAGUCCAAGUGAAUUCCCUCAUCUGAGUCUCAAAAUAAACAUUUACUUCCACACCAAAGUGUCUACCUAUCUUAUAAACCAAGAUUCUGGAACCGCCCUACGCCAUCUUCCCUUCCUAUCCUCCAAGGCCACCAGCUCUGCCGGCACCGCCCACCUAAUCGUCCGACACAACUUGUCGUAUGAUGCCAUACAAGAAGAGGUCAGAACAAUCAUCCGUGAUCAUCUCCAAGGCGACAAGCUCAACCAGGCCGACGAGCGCAUAAGUAGCCACUCGAUCAAGUACGUGUGGGACAAGGUGACCCAGUCUAUCCAGACCCUACCCAAAUACGCCGAACUUAAUGUGGAUUUGAAGAUACGUAUCACAUACUCCUACGUGUAUAUGAUGGGGAGUAGACAAUAUCAUGGCUGGAGUCUCUGCGUUAAGGGGGCGAGACAGAGGCCUUGUUCUUGCUGCAUAUGCUUAGAGGAGAUCACCACCCAUGGUGUGGCGUUGCAGAUGCAGUGUAAGCAUUUGUUUCACGCCAAGUGCAUCGUGCUUUGGCUGCGGAAGACUCUAUGUUGCCCCCUUUGCCGCUACCAGAUCACAACCACACCAACGAUUGAUUGGAAAUAG